CCCUGGAGUUGUCUGCUAUCCAAUCGUAAACUUAUCGGCUAACAAUGUUUCCAAAAGUAAACAAUACAACAGUGGAAUACAUUAAGUUGUGAAUUUUCCUUGAAAUUGUGAUAUCUGUCUGCAAUUUUAACUUUCGUUACACGCUCACAAGUGCGUUUUCAUAGUAGAAAAAAACGGAAUUGAUUUCACAUUAAAUCAACAUGAUCGAUCCCAAUUAUAUAGAAAUUAAUGAAAUCAAAGGGUUUCUAUCAUUUAUACAGAGUAUCGACUGGUAUGAUCCUUGGCUCAUCGGGCUAAUAGCGUUUCAUAUAUGUAUAACAACCACAGCUGUGUUAACGAGGAAAUGUGGAAAUUUUCAAGUUUUUCUUUUCCUAGUGUUGUUGUUAAUGGUAUACUUUUCGGAGAGCAUCAACGAGUACGCAGCUGUGAACUGGAGGAUUUUUUCGAAGCAACAAUAUUUCGACGACAAAGGUCUCUUUAUAUCAGUGGUGUUUUCUGUGCCAAUUUUACUAAACUGUAUGCUCAUGGUGGGUAGUUGGCAUUAUCAAUCCACCCAACUGAUGACUCGUCUUAAGACUGCUCAAUUGCGACAACAAAUACGACAAUCCAACAAUCGCAGGAGGAUACAGGAGCAAAAAGAAGAAUAAAAUCGACGCCUUAUUUGGAAUAGGAGCUUUAUUAGUGUGUUGUAGAUACUAAAUAUGAACAGUGUUGUUAAAACUGAAUGCGGGGCAAAAGUACAUCACCGUUUAUAUAUGUAUGUGUGUAUAAUAUAACGUUGCACUUAUUAUC